CUUCCACCGUUAGAAGAGUUAAAGGUUUUGCCGUCGGACGAAGGCUUCAGUUGGGCCAAUGAAAACUACAGUUCCUGGCAGAGAUCUAUUGAUGUAUGGUCCUUUGUUCUUUCUUUACGUGUUCAUGUUCUUUUGGACAAUGCAAAAUGGGCGUAUGUGGGUGGCUUUACAGAAGAAAAGCAGAAAAGCAGAAGACGGAAAACUGCUUCAUGGCUAAGGGAAUGUGUAUUACAGCUCGGUCCAACUUUCAUUAAACUUGGACAGUUAUCAUCAACACGGUCUGAUUUAUUUCCCCUCGAAUUUGUGAUGAACUCGCAAAAUUUGUAUUCAUUGAUUCUUCAGGACAAGGUCCCUGCUUUCUCCCCAAAGAAAGCAAGAGGCUUUAUCGAGAGCGAGUUAGGAGCUCCCAUUAAUGUAUUGUUUAAAGAGUUUGAAGACCAGCCAAUUGCUGCUGCAAGUCUUGGUCAGGUUCAUCGUGCAAUUCUGCACAACGGAGAAAAAGUAGUUAUCAAAGUUCAAAGGCCUGGCUUGAAGAAGCUUUUUGACAUUGACUUGCAAAACUUAAAGUUGAUUGCGGAGUAUUUUCAGAGAAGUGAAACUCUAGGUGGUCCAACUAGAGAUUGGAUCGGUAUAUAUGAAGAAUGUGCAACAAUUUUGUAUCAAGAAAUUGAUUACAUAAAUGAAGGGAAGAAUGCUGAUAGGUUCCGUCGAGAUUUUCGAAACAUAAAGUGGGUCCGAGUACCUCUAGUUUAUUGGGAUUACACAGCUAUGAAGGUGUUGACCUUGGGGUAUGUACCAGGUGUUAAAAUAAAUCAAGUGGAUACAUUGAUGUCUCAUGGUUAUGAUCGAGAUAGGAUCUCAUCACGUGCUAUUGAGGCAUACUUGAUUCAGAUAUUGAAAACAGGAUUCUUUCAUGCUGAUCAACAUCCUGGAAAUCUUGCCAUUGAUGUUGAUGAAUCAAUUAUUUAUUACGACUUUGGCAUGAUGGGGGAGAUAAAAUCUUUCACCAGAGAGAGAUUGCUUGAACUUUUUUAUGCUGUUUAUGAAAAGGACGCUAAAAAGGUGUACUUUUUUUUGUAUACUUGCAAUAUUUAA